UUCAUAGAGGGGAAUAUGAAGUUGAAAUACAUGAGAGAAGCAACCCCCUAUGUGAAGAAAGGCUCCCCUGUUUCAGAAAUUGGGUGGGAGACGCCUCCCCCCGAAUCUCCCCGCUUGGGUUGUGGCUCUGCUGACCCACUGUCGCAGCUCUCGCUCUCCUUCCACAGAGACAAGAAGACAAUACCGCUCAAGAUGUGCUACGUGACGCGCAACAUGUCUGUGUCAGACCCCGAAAACAGACUUAUUGAAGUUCAUUCACCUGAUGCCAAGCACACCGUGGUGCUCAGGAGUAAGGAUUCAGCUACAGCCCAGGCCUGGUUCAAUGCCAUUCACUCCAGUGUCAAUGAGCUCAUCCCCAGGGUGAUUGCAGAGGUCAGAGACCAGCUGGGUAAAACAGGCGUUGCUGGAAGUCGAGAGAUUAGACAUCUAGGCUGGCUUGCAGAAAAGGUGCCAGGAGACAACGAGAAGCACUGGAAGCCAGUGUUAGUGGUCUUGACAGAGAAAGACCUCUUAAUAUAUGAGAGCAUGCCACGGAUGAAGGAAGCUUGGUUCAGCCCUUUGCAUACCUACCCCUUGCUAGCCACCAGGUUGGUCCAUUCUGGCCCAGGAAAAGGCUCACCUCAGUCAGGGGUAGAUCUGUCUUUUGCCACCCGUACUGGUACAAGGCAAGGGAUUGAAACCCAUCUGUUCAGGACGGAGACUAGCCGAGACCUCUCACUGUGGACGAGGAGCGUAGUGCAGGGCUGCCACAAUUCUGCGGAGCUCAUCACGGAAAUCACCACAUCUUGCACAUAUAAAAGCCAGGAGUGCCGUUUGACCAUCCAUUACGAACAUGGAUUCUCUCUUACAACUGAACCGCAAGAUGGUGCCUUCUCUAAGACAAUUGCACAGUAUCCCUAUGAAAAACUGAAAAUGUCCUCAGACGAUGGGAUAAGGAUGCUUUAUUUAGACUUUGGAGGAAAGGAUGGAGAAAUUCAACUGGACCUUCAUUCCUGUCCAAAACCAAUUGUGUUCAUCAUUCAUUCCUUCCUGUCAGCAAAGAUCACAAGACUUGGCUUGGUAGCAUAAGUGGGAUACAUCUGUUUCUUCAAAGAAAGAUGGAGCGACCAUGCUAAUCUGAAGUACAAUCAACAUCAGCAACCCGUUCCAGCUAGCUUGGGGUUCAGUACUGGGCCCUGGUCAUUUCUGCAGUCUUCCAAGGCUGAAGUUUUAUUUUCAUCAGCUAAAGAAGUGGCACGACAAGGAAACCAGUGAAUUUCACUGUAAAUAAUGGGAUUUUAAAAUCCCAUAGCAGACAGUAAAAGUGUGUAGUACCAUACGUGUAAAUGUUUCAGAAUCAUAAAUUGUGCCUAUUUUAAUGUACUUGUUUAUAUAAAAUAAGUAAAGGGCUAAGCAGACAAGAGUGGGUGUUGGCUGUGAUGCAAGCUCAAGGUGGUUUGAGUAGUUCUCCAAACAAGAUCGUUCCACCAUCUAAAUGUACAAUAUUUUUUCUGUGCUAACCUGCGCACAACUUAACAGCAGUUAUUUCUUUUGGGGAACUGUCAGAACCUGUUGCUUGGAUACACAGCAGAGCAUCUAGAUAGGCACCUUCGAGUAGGAUGCUCUAAAGCAAUACAGCUGUGGGCAGUGAACAGCUGGAGGGUCUCUGCAGAGGGGCACUUUCAGAUUAAAUGAUGAAGACAUCUUGCAUACAUUCCUAGCGAUGGACCCAAAGCAAGACUAGCUAGAGUGAUGUACUGAGAGCCAGCUGUCAGUGGGGCACAGGUAGGAGCAUCAAGUUACCUGGAUUCACCCUGAAGUGUGACCUAAGCUUCUGCCAGCAUGGUUCCACAGCAGUUUUUCAACAGAAAGCUGUGCUGAGCUUCCUGUCCUUUUUACCCCAACUGCAUCACCCCUUUAGCUCUGCUUGAGGCUGGUUGCACGGUCUUGACAGAAGAAAUGUGAGGAAGGAGGAAGACUGGAUUAUUUUUUUUUUUAGUUUUCUAAGUUACUCAAGCAGCUCCACAACAGUGAGGAAACACCGGGGCAGGAACAUGAGCUGCACUGCCAGAAAAGCCUUAAUAGGGAAGAAACUGCUCCUGUGAGCAUGACUUGGCAAAUCCAGAUUUAUUCCUUGCUGGUGAAACAUAAGAUGUUCACCUCUGUACCCAUAACUUACUAGUUCCUGUUUUGCACCACAGAUGACAGUUUCAAGUCAAAACAUUUGGAUCACUGAGUUUUGGCCUUGCUAACAGUUACAUUGGGCACAAAGCAGGCCACAGGCAGGAAUGCUGACCGUCCUUGUCAGGGCUCAUACACACACCUGGAACUGCUAAAUUGGCUUAAUGUGGUUGGGUGGGAACAGAAGGAAGCAGAACAUGGAUGGCAUUUAUGUUGCCCUUACUUUGUAAACAGCUGCUUCAUAGAGGGGUGGUUUUUUGUUUGCUUUUAGAGUUUUGCCCUAAAAUAAGACACACUUUGAAGGACAGGAACUGUACAGAAAGUAAUAAAUCCAAAGUUUGUAGAAGUUUGCUUGUCAUACUCAAGGCUUCCUUUUAUUCUUGAGAAAGCACACAUUUCAACUUAAUGUGACUGAGCUGGCAAAGAGGAAAAUUAAAAACACAGUUGGGUUCCACGUUGUUUUUAAGCUGUCUUGAGUGUUGAGCUUAAGUCAUGCUGUUUAUUCACAGAAUUAGUUUGUGGUGGUUUCCAUAAAUAUCUUAUUGAAACCAAUUAAAAAACUAAGAUGAUGUGCUGAAUUUGCAAAUAUUGAAAAUUAUUAUUGAAAAACAAUAGCUAAAUUGCCAUUUGGAAGAGCAGCCUCACUCCCAGCACCUCCCACCAGUCAAAAGCAAGCCUGGGAGAGGAUUCACCUAGCUGUGAACUUUGUUUUUACUGUCAUGGUACUUGCACUUAAAAAUUAAUUCCUCGUGUAAAUUCACAAGGUAGGAGAUAGCAGGUUACAUAACUUACAAUAAUUUCCAAAUGGACAUUUCUCUUUUAGUGACUGCUGCCAUUCACAUAACAUUCUGUGGCAGUUGCCUGCGUCUCCUUUGGCUUGGAACUUCUAGGAGAAGCUGAGAGCCAUCGGUACACUGGGGGACUGGGUCUUUGAACUCACAUCACAUCAUCAAGUAAACCAUUGUGUGAAGUUUCUGAAAAGUGAUUCAGGACACUCGCAUUGCUGUUCCAAAGUGUAACUUAAAAAUCUGGACGCAGGCUCCUAUAAAAGUUCCCGAGGUUAAAGUGAAAACUUGCAUACUGUGGGGUAGGUUAAAUACAUGUGUAAACUAUACUGCACUAUUUCCUUAUUCCUUUAACACUUACAAAUCACUGGAAUGUUAUACUUAACAAGUAUGUGCAUUGUAAAUAUUACAAAUUCCUAUAUUAGUACCAACAAUUAAAUGACACAAUAUGUAAUCUAAGGUGCUCAGUACUAUAUGAAGUAUAAGUGAAUAACUGAACCGUUUGCAAAGAAAAUUCCUAUUAUAUAUAUUUAUAGAAAAAAUAAUGAUAAUUACAGAUGCUAUUUCUUCAUUUUCAGAUUUUGGACUGAUUCAUAUUUGGAUGGGAUAGACAAAUGAAAUACAGACCUACUCCACAUUUGUAAGAGUAUAGUGAAUAUUUAUAUUUUAGAGGAAAAAAAAUAUUUAAUAAAAUCAUUUAUUGGAUUUUUGUGAGGUGAGCUUACUUUGUACCCAAACAAGCUGUUUGGAAGGAUGUCCUUUGGUUUUGGGCUGGGGAAAAAUACAUUUUAAACCUCUCAUUCUGUUAUGACUUCAGUUACUUGAGAGAACUAUUCACCAUAUUGACGGAACGACUUUUAAAAUAAAAUUUUAGAAAAGUACUAAUGCACUGUCAAUGGCGUGUUGGUGCUUUCUAUCAAGCUAGCUCAGUGUUCAUGUGAUAGUGGUGCUGUUGAUGACAGGCUGAAUGCAUAAGUACACAGCAUUUUUUCUGCUGUCUGGCAUUUACUGAAAGCCCAAAAGGAUGUUCUGGGCAAGUCGUUCAGGCUUACCUGCUGGUUACGAUGCUUUCUCUGUUGCUUACAUUUAACUGAGCAGUUAUGAAAGUCAUAAAAAAACAGAACAGCAACUUCUGCUCAAGCUUCUGCAUUCAAGGAGUGAUGCCAACAUGUGCCCUGCUUAGUUCUUGUGAACAGUUUAGAGAGAAAAAAAAAAAAAACACACGCUAGUUUUCUUCCCUUCUACUUUAAUUCUUAAGAUAGUGGCCCAAAUCAAAAAGCUAACUGCAGUCUGUUCUUUCAGUCUGACCCAAGGUAUGGCAGACCAGCCUCAUGGAAAUCCUAAAAAGGGGUAUACUAGAGUUUCAUUCUUUUCACAAAAUACUGACUGUAAAUUGAAUGGUCUGAUCAGAAAGUCUGUAUAGCAGCUUCACCAUUAGAAAGACUCAGAUACAUAUUGGAACAUAUGUGUUACUGGAAAAAUGUGAUACGAAGUGUUUGUUAAAAAAAAA